AUGGGCCAGUCAAACACCAACAAUUAUAAAGGCACCAUCGUCUUGACUGGGGCAAACGGCGGGCUUGGAAAUGCAGUGAUUCGCAGAAUCUUGUCCCAGCCCGAGCUGAGCACCUAUCAUGGAAUCUACACGGUUCGCAAUGCAUCCUCUGCUCCGUCACUACGAUCAACACUAGAAAGCGUCAAGAAUCACAAUCAUACACAUGACAUCACAUCGCUGGACUUGGCGCGACUAGAUGAUGUGCGUCGGACCGCCGCAACCAUUAAUGAACGGGUCAAAUCAGGCGAGAUUCCACCUAUCUGCGCAUUGAUCCUUAAUGCUGCUUAUCUGGAGUUUGAGCAGCAAACGUGGACCGACGAUGGGUUCGAUACAGCUUUUGCAGCGGCUUACUUGGGUCAUUGGCUUCUGACAAUGUUACUUCUGGAGAGUCUUGAUCGGCAUCAUGGUCGGCUUGUUAUUAUUGGCAGUUCAGCACACGAUUCCAGAGAUGCACGCAAUAAUGCUGGUAUGCAGUAUAAAGAUGAGCGUUGGCAUACCAUCUUCCAUGAGAAUUCUGAGUCAAUCGCAAAAGGAACGUGGAGUACCACAAAGGAGGACCCUUCCUAUAAAGGGGGUUACCGGCGUUAUGGCGCUGCCAAGUUAUGCCAGGUGAUGAUGAUCCCUGAGCUGCAGAGACGAAUCGACAAGGACCCAGUCCUUCACGAUAUUUCUGUUGUCGGUAUUGAUCCUGGUUCAACUCCAACCAUGCUGGUGCGACGCGGAGACUGGAGGAUUCGUGGACUCUGGACCUAUAUCAUGCCCUGGCUUGUGGUUAUUCUCACGUGGCUAUGGCCCAAUGGGGCUCAUCGCACAACUUUCAAGUCUUCCAAAGACAUUCUCGCAGUGGCCUUGGAUAAUAACCCCGUCUGGGGCGAGAAACCAAAAGCGUUAUACUUGGACGGUGAAAAUCCAAUCAACAUGGCUGCUGAGGCACGAAAUCCCAAGAAACGGGAGCAACUCUGGCAGGAUACCCUCAGGUACACUAGGCUCUCGGGAGAGGAGACAUUGCUCGCCAAUUGGAAGUGA